AUAUAUUUUAGCAAUUAUGUACACAACGAUUAGUUUCUUUUUUAUUGCUUUGGUACUUACAGUUUACGGUUUACCAGUGUCACAUAUCAUCGGCGGCAAAGAUGCCCCACUCGGCAAAUAUCCACACCAUGUUGCUUUAAAAUAUCAAGGCAAAUUUCGCUGCGGAGGAUCAAUUAUUAAUAAACGUUAUGUUCUGACUGCAGCUCAUUGUGUAAAUGUUGUUUCCGCCGAAGAACUCAUGGUUCACGCGGGUACGAUCUACUUAAACGAGACAGGCGAUGCUUAUCAAGCGGAGAGCGUGGUGUGGCACACUGGUUUCGACGAUGUUAAACUUAAUCACGAUGUCGGUCUCAUUCGAUUAAACAGAGACAUUAUAUACACUGACGUGAUAAAACCCAUUCCUCUUGCACAAGAAGAUAUCGCUGUCACAGAUCUUCCUUGCGUUGUAUCUGGUUGGGGUAGAACUUCACUUAAUGGACCUACACCUAACGUCUUACAAGAAAUCACUCUGAAGGUUUAUUCUCCCAGUAAAUGCAAGCUUACAUCUUGGAGAGUAACCGAUAAUCACAUAUGCACUCUUACAAAAGCCGGCGAGGGAGUAUGUUAUGGUGAUUCAGGUAGCGCUCUCCUUGCCAAGGGUGUUCAAAUUGGAAUCGCAUCCUUCGUGACUCCAUGUGCUCUAGGAAAACCCGACAAGUUUGUUAAAGUAUCUUCAUAUCAAGACUGGAUUAAGAAACAUAUGAUUAAUGUUGAUACGAAGAAACUUUAUUUUUAUCAGUAUCACUCUUUCAAUAUGCACGCGUUCUUUGCCUUGAUAAUCGCCUGCUUAGCGGUAGCCGCUUAUGGCUUUCCAAACAGUCAUAUUGUUGGUGGAAAGGAUGCUCCAGUCGGCAAAUUCCCAUAUCAAGUAUCUUUGAGAAAAUACGGAUCUCAUUCCUGCGGCGGAUCCAUCAUCAAUGAGAAUACCAUUCUCACUGCGGCUCAUUGUAUAUUGGGCUACAAUUCGCCCGAUUCUCUGAGAACGUUAACUGUUCACGCCGGGACAAAUCUGUUAAGUGAGGAGGGUACCGUUUACAGAGUAAAACAAGCCGUUCCUCAUAGCAAUUUUGAUUCACUCAGAUUAGUAAAUGACAUCGGCAUACUUACUCUGGCAACUCCUAUUGAAUACACCGACCUUAUACAGCCAAUACCAUUAGCAGCCGAUGAUACUCCUGCUGGAUCCACCUGCACCUUAUCUGGAUGGGGAAGAACUUCUUAUGGUGGCCGUGUUCCUAAUAAUUUACAAGAAAUUGACUUGAAGGUUUAUAAUCAAGUUCAAUGCAAACUAAAACAACCUAGAGUACAAUCUACUCACAUUUGUACAUUCACGAAAGCAGGCGAAGGCGCGUGCCAUGGUGAUUCCGGUGGUCCUCUUGUUGCCAAUGGUCAUCAGAUCGGUAUUGUCUCUUUUGGUCGACCAUGCGCUGUAGGAUAUCCUGACGUAUUCACGAGAGUGUCCGCUUUCAAGAAUUGGCUCCAACAAAAUAUUGAAGAAUAAGAUAAAAUGGAAUAUAUUUUAUACACAUAUAUUAUUAUUUUAAUAUAUGUGUAUACGUAAUGUUCUGCGAUACUUAUAAAUAAUAUUGCUUCGGUACCGUCAUGAAAUUUGUGCAAGUUUUUAAUACAUAAUAAAUAACGAUUUUGGAGAAAGAA